AUGGCUGCUACUACAAUCAAAGCUUCAUUUCCACUUUUGAUGUUUCAAACUCUUUUUGAAAAUGAUAAUGGUCACAUCCGUCUUCUCCAAAAAUUUGACGAACGUUCUAAAAUAUUAGAAAAUCUUCAAAACUAUCGCCUUUUGGAAUAUAAGUCCAAACCUCACACCAUAUUUCUUCCACAACAAACCGAUGCCGAUUUCAUCCUUGUUGUCCUAAGUGGAAAAGCUAUACUCACAGUAUUGGAACCCAAUGAUAGAAACUCUUUCAACCUUGAACGUGGAGAUACCAUAAAACUUCCUGCGGGAAGUCAAAACCAACAAUCCAUCUUAUCUGAGUUCAACAAAAAUAUUCUUGAGGCUUCCUUCAAUACGGGUUAUGAAGAGAUAGAGAAGGUUCUUUUAGAAGAGCAUGAUAAAGAGACACAACAUAGAAGAAGCCUUAGGGAUAAGAGGGACCAUAGUCAAGAAGAGGAUGUUAUAGUCAAAUUAUCAAGGGGACAAAUUGAAGAAUUGAGUAAAAAUGAAAAGUCUAGCUCUAAAAAGAGUGUAUCCUCUGAAUCUGAACCAUUCAACUUGAGAAGUCGCAACCCUGUCUAUUCCAACAAGUUUGGCAGAUUCUUUGAAAUUACCCCAGAGAAAAAUCCACAACUUCAAGACUUGAAUGUAUUUGUCAAUUCUGUGGAGAUUAAAGAGGGAUCUCUAUUGUUGCCACACUAUAAUUCAAGGGCCAUAGUAAUAGUAACGGUUAACGAUGAAAAUAGAGAUUUUGAACUUGUGGGUCAAAGAAACGAGAACCAACAAGGGCAGAGAAAAGAAGAUGACGAGGAAGAGGAACAAGGAGAAGAAGAGAUAAAUAAACAAGUGAAAAAUUAUAAAGCUAAGUUGUCUCGCGAAGAUGUUUUUGUAAUUCCUGCAGGUCAUCCAGUUGCCAUAAAAGCUUCCUCUAAUCUCGAUUUACUUGGAUUUGGUAUUAACGCUAAGAACAACCAAAGAAAUUUUCUUGCAGGCGGGGAGGACAAUGUGAUUGGCCAGAUACACCAACCAGUGAAAGAACUUGUAUUCCCUGGAUCAGUUCAAGAGAUUGAUAGGCUACUAGAGAAUCAAAAACAAUCUCACUUUGCAAAUGCUCAACCUGAACACAGGGAGAGAGGAAUCCAUGAAACAAGAGAUCCUCUAUAUUCAAUUUUGGAUGCUUUUUAA